UCCAUCGCCCUCACAAACGCAUAUCUACUAUUCUCUUGGAAGCAAGGAAACCACCGCCAUGGCAGCCAAGAUGUUUGCAUUGUUUGCACUCCUAGCUCUUUGUGCAAGCGCCACAAGUGCGACCCAUAUUCCAGGGCACUUGCCACUAGUGAUGCCAUUGGGUACCAUGAACCCAUGCACGCAGUACUGCAUGAUGCAACAGAGGUUUGCCAGAUUGUUAGCGUGGCCAAUCCCGAUGCUACAGCAACUGUUGGCCUUACCGCUUCAGCCGGCGUAUCAGACGCCAAUGAUGAUGCCGAACAUGAUGCCACCAAUGAUGAUGAGGCCGACGAUGAUGCCACCAAUGACGAUGAUGCCGAGCAUGAUGUCAUUGCCACAAUGUCACUGUGAUGCCAUCUCCCAGAUUAUGCAGCAACAGCAGUUACCAUUCAUGUUCAACCCAACAGCCAUGGCGAUCCCACCCAUGUUCUUACAGCAACCCUUCGUUAGUUCUGCAUUCUAGAUAGAAAUAUUUGUGUUGUGUACUGAAUAAUAAAGUUGACAUGCCAUCGCAUGUGACUCAUUAUUAGGAAUAAAACAAGCCAAUAAAUUGCUUUUCCCUUAUUA